AGCAAUGAAAUUAAAUCAAAAGGAUCUGAAGAUAAAAAAGGGACAACACGACCUUUUCUGAGACACAGAUUCUUGUCCAGGGAUGAAGAGGUGCAGAAAAUACCUGGUUAGUUGUUCUUUUUCAGCUUCAGGAAUAAUGGCAUUCUUAUACAGCUGUAGUUGAAAAUGAGAUUCAGGUUAAAAUGGCGCCAACCUAGUUUAAUUUCCAAAUUCCCUUGUCUUUCUACCCUAAUUAUUGAUGAUUAUUAAUAAUGUAAUCUUCUAAUCCUAAUCAUUCAUGAUUAGAAAUAUGAAAGAUCAUGAGAAUUUAAGGGAAAUUGAGAAUCAAACUAAGUUGAAACCGCUUUAUCUUGUAUUCGAUCUUGAACCACAACAAUACCAGAAUUGGCAAAGCACAAACAUUAGGUUAUAAAAGUAUGUAUAGAUUCAAAAGGUGACAUUUUAGUGCUGGCCCCUCAGAGUGAAUAUCUGAAAGAUACAGUGUAAACAAUUAUUGUAAGCCGUGGCGAUGGUCAUCAAAUUUACCAAAGGUGUGUUGAAAGAGUUAUUCACGAUUCUAGUAAUGCGGUCUUAUUAUCUGCGUGGUACGCAACCUUUAACCCAAACUGUAAUAUUUUUUGCCUUUUAGAGAGGGUUCAAGUCCCAGAGGAUGAGAACUUUCUGGAUGUGUUUGUUUGUAAUAUUCACAGCACGGACAACAUCUGUGUCAAUCUUUCAGGAGAAGAAUAUUCAGUGAGUAUCCUCUUAAACUUAUUGACGGGAAUGGAGGUUACUGCCAAUAAGUUUCUUUUGUUGGCAACAUGUUUCCUGAAGGAGUUAAAGUAAUAAUUAUUAUUUGAUGCUCAAGUGGUGAACGUUUGACAGUUAUUACUGUGAAACACAGAAUGAUGAUGUGAACUGCAGAAAUAUAAGUUUAAUGGAAGAUAUCGUUCAUGUCUUCAAUUAAACUUGUAUUUCCACAAUUCACAUCAUCACUCUGUGUACUACUUUCAUGGGUUAAGAUGAACUCAGCAAAUUGGCCUGCUGCCAAUGUAUAGGUCUUCAUAGCUCAAUUGGUUAGAGCACUGCAGCACUAACGCAGAGGCCAUGGGUUUUAAUCCCGUUGAAGUCCCGGAAUUUUUUUCGGGUUAAACUGCAAUUAUCACUGUGACGAUCAUAUCUUCAAUUAAACAAUUCUUACUGCGUUGUUUAGGAGAAACUGACAGCCUUGGAGCAAAGUAUGCUGUGCCAUUAUGAAGAACCUAGCUCUGAAGGUCAGAUCUCAUAGUAAAGUAGCUCUUCUUGUAAAGUUGGGUUAAUUUUGAGCACCCUAGUAUUUUCUUUGAAAAUUGAGUAUAGAAAAAAAUCGCCUCAGACUUGGGCAUAAGUGUCUUGCUAGGCAGCAAUUGGAAGAGCGAGGAGCAUUGCCCAUGCUCAACACCACCAAUGGCUGUCCAGAAUCUGCGUGGUAGUACAUUAAUUUUGAGUGCUCCAUGCAAUAAAUUGGAUGUAAAUAUGUUGUAUCCAUGUCGAAGAGAUCACACCAGUUUUUGUACUCAAUUUUUUUUCAUACUGACUGUAAACUUCAGAUAAAACUAAAACAUUUAAUAAUAUAUACACAAUAGAAAACCUGUCCUAGGCAGACCUUAGACAGGGUUUGCAUAGAGUCUUGAAUUCUCUAAAAAGUCUUGAAAUAUGCCCAGCAGUUUUCCAGACCUAGAGAAAGUCUGGAAAAUAGAGAUAAAGUCUUGAAAAAGUCUUGAGUGUUUUUUUAUUUCAGAGCUACAACAAGUGCUUUAUAAGUGAAUUUUUUUUGUUUUGGUCACAUCUUAUUCAGUCUCGCCCGUACGUUUGCAGCGCAUCAUGAAAAAAGCUUUGUUCCUGCGUUUUUCAAGGUCUCUAUUGAUCUGCUUUUUGAUAACCUAGAGUCUGGAAAAAGAAAUUAUUGUUUUGGGAAAAAGUCUUGAAUUUUGAAUCAAAAAAUCCGUACGAACCCUGUUUAGAGAACACUGACAUUGAAGUGGGAAUUGAAGUCACAACUAAAAGAAAUUUUAUUCCGUUAAAAUCUCCCCAUUAUGCCCCUAAAAAUACACCAAAUACUGAUUACCAGAAUGUAUAUUACAGUUUUCAUCGUGCUGACCCAACCUAGUGUUUGUUUUGUUUUGUGUUUUUUUUUCUUUAGAAAUGCCCAAGAUUGUCCCUGGAUGUAUUUUUGCCAUAUAUUCCAAAGAAAUCCAUUCCGAGGGUCUCUGGUAUCGUGUCAAAGUCCUCAAAGUCAAGGGAGACACUGCGCACAUUGAGUAUCUGGAUUAUGGGGACACAGGACAUGUACCUACUUCAAACUUGCGAAGUAUUCCAUCAAGAUUCUUAGAAUUACCCUUCCAGGUUUGUAGCAUGAUUCUUGCUUAUUUUUCUUUCAUUUGUAGACCUAUUUUCUACAUUGUUUGAAGGAUGAUUCUGUUUGAUUUGUUAUGAUCUUGGUGAAUAGAGCGAUUUUUGUAUGACCUUAAAAUGAAAACGCGCAGACAAAAUAGACACAACAAACGAACGGAAAUAGAGCGAUUUGAUUGGUUUAUCGAACGGACACAAACGCGUGUGGCUUUUGGUUGGUUAAGCGAACUUUCGGGUGAGAAACCUUCAUGCCCGAGAACUUUCUAGAAAUCAAUUGAUACUUCGCUUUGACGUCAUACUGCUACACGAUUGGCCAAUCGAACAAUGCCUUCUCCAUAUUAGGGUUGUCUUUAGCGGGAAAACGAAGAGUUCAUGUUUUGAUCGUUUCAUCCAUUGGCUAAUAAAUCAAAUAUAGUUGACUCCCGAGAACUCGAACCAUCAAGGGAAAUCGAAAAAGGUUCGAGUUAUCGGGAGCUCGAAAAAAAUAGCCGGGAGUAAGGAAAAAAAACAGUUUUUACUGUAUUGUGAACAUUUUAAUCACCUUUUAUUGUAGAAAUGUCAAGUGAAAAUUAAAAGAUACCUCUAGAUUAUAAAUUAGAACGUAACAUAACAAAACCUUGCUUAAAUAGAGCAUGCUUUUUACUGUUUUGAGAAGUAGAAGCUGUUUCACGUUAGAUUUGUGACAAACAACAUCAACCUCCAUUAGUAAAUUAUAUGCCUACAACACGUCAAUGGGAAAUUCAAAAUUCAAUGUUUGGGACGCCAGUAGGCUUUUUUUUCCUGACUUUUAAGGGCUCAAAACAUGGUUCGAGUUAUCGAGGGUAAAAUUAUGUUGAAAUGAUCUGAGGGGAAACAAAAACUACUUCGAGUUAUCGAGGGUUCGAGUUACCGAGGGUAAAAUUACAGUAAAUGUAUGACAGAAAUCCAGGGGAAAUCGAUAUUGGUUCGAGUUUGCGCGAGGUUCGAGUGAGCGAGGGUUCGAGUUAUUGGGAGUCAACUGUAACGAACACUUACGAAACCAUUUUUUAAGGCCAUACGAAAACCGCUCUAUUUUAAAGGUAUUUUUUUGUUCGCUUCUUUGUUUCUUUUUCAAGGCACUGACUAUCAGUCUAAGUGGGCUUCCAAAGACAAAAAAUGCGGAGGUUAUUCUUAAAUUAAAACAAAUGACACUCAACAGAGAUCUUGUGGCAGAAGUCAUAAAUAUGUGAGUACCAUUCUUUAUGGUGUUGUUUCAAGUUAUCAGUGUAUAUCAGACAAAGUACCAGACAUUUGUGGCCUUUUUUUUUAACAAGUUGCAAUGUAUAUGUUGCAAUUUGUCAGCUUCAUAUUUUCAAGCCUACUGUACCAAGGACCAGGAUCGUAAUGUAGGAGUUGCUCGGAAGGUCUCUCCUGAUUGGUCGCACAAAACAAUGACAUGUCAUUCUUCCAAUUGUUUUAGUAUUUUUUGGGGUCAGGGAAACGCACCACUGGUGACUUCUCUUCCGAGCAGCUGCUACAUGACUCUCCCAGGGAAUUCGGUGUUUGAGCAAAUCGGAUUUUAGUAUACAAUGCCUACCACCUACCACACUUUAUCUUUCACUGUUUUGAGAACGUAUUUUAUUGAGAGUCUGAAAUUACUGUAAAAAAAAAAAAAUUUAGUUCGUUUCUCAUUAUUUCCAAAGCCAUAAACUUAACCUUUAGUAGCGCUACUUUGUUAAAGUAUAAACCACGAUGGCUACUUUUCUUUACCAAUUUGGCACACUGCCUUAACAAAAAAGUGAAACAGGGGGAAGUGCUCUUUUACGGUUUCCUUUCAAUGUGUACAUUUAUCUACAGGAAUUGUAACACAGUGUCAGUUGAACUGUGGGACACUUCAAAUGAAGGUGCAGACAUAAACAUCAACAGAUUACUACGAUCACUGGUCAUUCCAGACGAGGAAAUGGUUCCAGUCUUACCAAAGGUAAGAAAUUGUAUAAAACUCCAGUUAACUUUAAAAUUUUGCACUGUGCGCAGUUAGCAACAGCUCAACGAGGCGAACAGUUGUGGCACACAUAUGAAUAGCUGAUGCAUUUCAUAAGGUAANGAAACGCACCACUGGUGACUUCUCUUCCGAGCAGCUGCUACAUGACUCUCCCAGGGAAUUCGGUGUUUGAGCAAAUCGGAUUUUAGUAUACAAUGCCUACCACCUACCACACUUUAUCUUUCACUGUUUUGAGAACGUAUUUUAUUGAGAGUCUGAAAUUACUGUAAAAAAAAAAAAAUUUAGUUCGUUUCUCAUUAUUUCCAAAGCCAUAAACUUAACCUUUAGUAGCGCUACUUUGUUAAAGUAUAAACCACGAUGGCUACUUUUCUUUACCAAUUUGGCACACUGCCUUAACAAAAAAGUGAAACAGGGGGAAGUGCUCUUUUACGGUUUCCUUUCAAUGUGUACAUUUAUCUACAGGAAUUGUAACACAGUGUCAGUUGAACUGUGGGACACUUCAAAUGAAGGUGCAGACAUAAACAUCAACAGAUUACUACGAUCACUGGUCAUUCCAGACGAGGAAAUGGUUCCAGUCUUACCAAAGGUAAGAAAUUGUAUAAAACUCCAGUUAACUUUAAAAUUUUGCACUGUGCGCAGUUAG